UGUUUUCAGAAGUCACCUUGCCUCGGGCUUCCUCCUGGCCUGCUCUCUGGCUGCCUGGCGUAAACACCUGGGGAGCCAGCCUCCUCCCUACUGUCCCCACCCCAAGAGUCCUAAGCCUCCGUCGUUGUUCUCUGUCUCUCGGGGCUUUGGGACUUCUGGACUAUCCGGCCCUUCUCCUACCCGAGGCUCUUGAGGAAGUCAAGAAAAUUGCUGACUGGGAUGACUCUAAAUUCGUGUUAUCUAACCUCAGGUGGGGUUCUCCUGGCUUGUGCUUCCCACAACAGCUGGAGCAAACCUUUCCUGCUCUCCCCAAACCCCCAGCAACCCUCCUUCCUUCUUUCCUAUGACCUUGUCUUCAGUUUUCUGAGAAUAUCAGACAUCUAGGCUGAGUCUCCUUACCUCCCUUCUUCUAGGUCUCAAAGCCACUCUAUGCUCUCAUCCAUUCUAUCCCCCUUCUCCCUUGGGUCCAGCCCCCACAGAGCUGCCAAAAUUAUCCCAGGACACAGUUCUGGCCGAAUAAAUUCCCCUAUUUAAUAACCUUCAAUAUCUAUUGUUUCUAGAAUAAAACAUUAACUUGCUUCUGGUGUAAAGGCUGGCUUUAAUGUUAAAACUGUCACAUUUAGGAAGAUCUUUUUAAACCCUGUCUUCACAGAAUCCUCCAAAAUAUCCCAUUAUUCCCAUUUUGCAGAUGGGAAAACUAAGAUUCAGAGAGAUAAAAGAAUCAUCAUGGUUACUGAACCAGUAAAUAUCAGAGUUAGCAUCCAGGGCUCAGGGGUCCCUGAUGUCCUUUUAUCACAUCACAAUGCCUUUUUGGUACCCUUUAUUCUCAUGGCUACUGUGAUACUGUACCUUUAAUUAAUAGCACUCCUUUAUAAUAAUUGCUAGCAUUUAUAUAGCACUUUAUUUAUAUUUUCAUAGCCCUAUGUUACCUCAUUUGAUCCAUAUAACAACCCUGGGAGGUAGGUGCUGUUAUCUAUCCAUUUUACAGAUAAGGAAAUUGAGGAUAAUGGUUAAAUGACUUGCUCAGGGUUACCUAGCUAGCAAGGGGCCUUCUAAGACAGCAUUCAAUCUCAUUCUACUUCACUACUUAACAACCUAAGUAUUGGCUCCUCUGUUUUCUUUUUGUUCCCUAAAUAUGGAUGGCCCCCAAGCUUUUUUCCUUGUAACUUUUUUUUUUUAUUUCCCCACAUUCUUGGCAACAGCUUCAUAUGACACCUUUAUGCAAAUGAUUUCCAGAUCCAGACCCAAUCAAGUCCCCCAGGUCCAGACUCUCUUAAAUAACUAGCUUAACAUUUUUUCUUGGAGUUUCCAGCAAUCAACCAUUAGGCAUGCAAUAAUUAAGUUCUUACUCUGUGUCUAGCAAUCUGCUAAGUGCUAGGAACAGAGAAAAAUAGAAAAUGCAAUAGAGGGUCAGUUAGCAUUUAUGGAUUUAUUUAAAAACCUUACCUUCUGUUUUAGAGUCCAUAUCAGUUCCAAGCAAUUGAAGUUAAGUGAUUUGGCUAAGGUCACAUAGCUGUCUCAGGUCAGAUCUGAUAUCUGCUGAGCCACCUAGCUGCCCCACAAUUAGCUUUCAUUAAGCCCUGAGAGCUAUGCUAAAUGAUGGGGAUACAAAGAAAGGGGCGGGGGAGAUUCCUGCUCUUAAGGAAGUUUUAAUCUAAUAUCACAUCCAAAAUAGAACUAGUCUUCCUGUGGAAACUUGAUUUAUUAUUGAUUUGUUGAUUGAAUAGGCUUAAGAAAAUGAUAAAAGAAAAUGUUAAUAAUGCAGAUUAAAACAUUUUUGUGCAUGCAUUUUGUUUUAUUUUUUUAAACCCUUACCUUCUGUCUUAGUAUCAGUUCUAAGAUUGAAGGGCUAAGAAAUCAGGGUUAAAAUGACUUAUCUAGUCAUACAACUAGGAAGUGUCUAAGACCUCCAGACCCUAAGUCUGGCACUCUAUCCAGUGCCUGCAUAUAAUUUAGACAUUUACUAGUGCUCCCCUGCCACUUGUCUUCCCUGUUGCCCAGGUCUGGAAUUUCAGUCACCCUUGAUUCUUCCUUCUUUCUCACCCUUCACAUGUGAAUUAGUUGCCCCAUCCUUUUCGUUGUGUCUGAGGAACAGUGAAAGGUAGGGUUCAUGAUGUAGAGUAAAGGGAAAUUCAACUGAAAAGACAAGUUGGAGCCACACUGUGAUGACAACCUUUAAUCUGCCAAAAAGAGGAGUUUAUACAUUAUUCUAGUACACAUAAGCCACUUGAUUUGUUGAGUGCAGUGAUCAGACUCAUGCUUCAGGGAUAUCAUUUUGGAGUUGUCUGGAAGAUGGUUUAGAGAAGAAGGGAGAACAAUUUAGGAAGCAAAAUGUGAGGUUGUGAGGGCUUAUGAGGGAGGUGGCCAUGUGAAUAGAGAAAAGAGUAGGGGUAGCUAUGGUAGAAUCAAUAAGACUUGACAGGGGCAGCUGGGUGGGUCAGGAGAGAGCCAGCUCUGGAGUUGAGAGAAUCUGGGUUCAAAUCUGGCCUCAGACACCUCCUAGCUGUGUGACCCUGGGCAAGUCACCUAACCCUGAUUGCCUAGCCCUUACCACUUUUCUGUUUUAGAAUGGAUCCUUAGUGUAGAUUCUAAGAGAGAAGGUAAGGGUUUGGGGAAAAGAAAAAGAGACAUGUCAACUGAUAGAUAAUGGGGAGAGAGAAGAUUAAUGAGCAAUAGUGAAGGAGUUGACAAGAUUGUCUAGCUUGACUGUUUAGACUCUGGGGCAGUCAUUCUACCCUAAAAAAGCACUAAGAAAGGGUAUAGAUCCUGGGCAAGUUAUUCAACCCUGAAAAAGGCCCAAGAGGAUCAAAAAUGAUUGAAGAUUCUCUUUCCACGCCCAACUCCUAAAGUAAUCUCUUCUAUUAUUUCUAAGUUCAUCAAAUCAGUCUUAAUUGCCUACUAUUUGCAUGGCACUAAGGCAAAGGGCUGGGGACCCAGAGACAAAACUCCUUGCCCUUAAGUAGUUUACAUGAGUUUUUUGGGAUUUUUUUCUUUAUUUUAUUCCAGUAAGAAAUUUACAAAUAAGUUUUUCAGGUUUGUAUGUUUUGUGUUCUCUUCCUCCCCUCUUCUCUCCCACUCCUGGAGUUGACAAGCUAUUCCACUGGGUUAUAUGUGUAUUAUUAUUAAAAACCUGUUUCCCUAUUAUUCAUUUUUGUAAGAGAGUAAUCUUUUUUUUUUUAAACCCUUACCUUCCUCCUUAUAAUGAAUAUUGUGUAUUGAUUCCAAGGCAGAAGAGUGGUAAAGACUAGGCAAUGGGGGUCAAGUGACUUGUCCAGGGUCACACAGCUAGGACGUAUCUGAGGCCAAAUUUGAACCCAGGACUUCCCAUCUCUGGGCCUGGCUCUCAAUCCAUUGAGCCAACCAGCUGCCCCCUGUAAGAGAGUAAUCUUAUAAAACCAAAACCCCAAAUCAUAUACUCAAAGAAGUAAUAAAUCAUGUUUUCUUCUGCCUUUCAAGUAGUUUACAUUUUAAUGCUUCUCUGACUUUUUUUACACUUAACUAAAGCUAACUUGUAAUUAUAGUUCUGUGUAUAUGUUGUUCAGUCUUGUCCAACUCUUCAUGACUCCAUUUGGGCUUUCCUUGGCAGAGAUACUGGAAUGGUUUGUCAUUUCCUUCUCCAGCUCACUUAAUAGAUAAGGAAGCUGAGGCAGACAGUAAAGUGACUUACCCAGAGUCAUACACUAGUAAGUGUCUGAGGUUGGAUUUGAACAUCAGGACUUGAGUCUUCCUGAUUCCAAGCCUGAUGCUCUCUUCCCUUUGCCCCUUUCUUUAUUAUAAACUCCUCGAGGUCAGGGAGUGUCUCCUCUGCUUUUUUUUCUUCUUCCACCUAGUAUAGGACUUUGCAUGUAAGAAGUACUUAAUAAAGGCAGUGGAUGUUUGCAGAAUUGAACUGAAUCCUUUCCCAUUGUUCUGCUUGAUUCUUUUUAUUUUUGGGUCCCUACCUUUGCCUCUCAGCUCUAGCUACAUCAUCUCUUUAAAUCAAGUCCUUGGGAAGCCAAUUUCCCAGGCUCUCCUAGGAGUAUAUGCUGGAAGGGAUCAUAGGAUUGAUCUGCUCCAACUUCCUAAUUAUUAAGGAGGGAAUUGAGGUCUAAAGAGGAGAGGUGGCAAGUGGUAAAGCUGGGAUUUGAACCCUGGUCUUCUGAUCCCAAAUCUAGCACUUCUACUUCACCAAUAAAACAUAUUUAGAGGGGGAAGAUGGAGCAUUAUGAAACAUGUCUUCCCAGAUAACUGAUUUAUCUCCCUCUAGAACAGACCAUUCUGCCCAGGAGGGUCUUGACCGAAGAGACCACAUACUGGUAAAGCAAGUAGACUCAAUAUAGGGGAUGUGUACCCCUGGAGGGAAUCUCAGAACUGGCCUUAGCACUCUCCCUACCACUAGCCCCUGAAACAUCUCUUAUCCAGUCAGAUAAUAAUAGCUCAUGUGAUGUUUUUAGAUUUGUGGAGAACCUUCUGCACUGUAGAGAGAUAGUGUAAAUAUUAUUGCCUUCAAUUUCUAGAAGAGAAAACAGGGUCAGGAUGGUCAAAUGGCACCAUGGUAGAAUUUGGAGCCUGAAAGAACUAGGUCUAGACCUACUCAGAUGAGGAAAAUGAGCUUCCAAGAAAUGACUAGCCCAGAGAGUGUUAGAACUUACCUUCAGGCCUGUGCUAUUUCCAAUUAUCAGUCCCAUCCCUCUUUCUGCCAGUUUCCUCCCAUCCCCCCUUAUUUAUUUUUUAGAAUUUAUUUAUUUACUUAAUUUAGACAAAAUUCCCAUAGUUACAUGAUUCAUAUUCUUUGGUUUUACAUGUAUCAUUGAUCAAGAUCUAUUUCCAUAUUAUUAAUAUUUGCACUAGGGUGAUCAUUUAGAGUCUACAUCCCUAGUCAUAUCCCCAUUGCCCCAUGUGAUCAAACAGUUGUUUUUUCUUCUGUGUUUCUACUCCCACAGUUCUUCCUCUGGAUAUGGAUAGUAUUCUUUCUCAUAAGUCCCUCAGAAUUGUCCUGGAUCACUGCAUUGCUGCUAGUAGAGAAGUCCACUACAUUCAACUGUACCACAGUGUAUCAGUCUCUGUGUACAAUGUUCUCCUGGUUCUGUUUCUUUCACUCUGCAUCAGUUUCUGGAGGUCGUUCCAGUUCACAUGGAAUCCCUCCAGUUCAUUAUUGCUUUGAGCACAAUAGUAUUCCAUCACCAACAUAUGCCACAAUUUGUUCAGCCAUUCUCCAAUCAAAGGGCAUUCCCUCAUUUCUCCCUCCUUUAAAUCAUGAGGUAGGACAUCAGAUUAUGCAAGGUCCCUUCUAGGUUAGCAUUUUAUGGUCUAUAUCCCAAGAUGUUUUCAAGCUCUGAUAGUUUACAACCCAAGGUCCCUUCUAGCUUAUAUGUUCUCAGGGCUUUCUUUCUUCUGUCAUUCUAUGUUCUAAGGCUCUUUCCUCACAUUCCAUGCUCUAGGUUUUAAAUUGCCUUCCUAUUCCAGUGUUCUUUGUUCUGUGCUCUAGGGUCCCUUUCAGUUCUAAUUUUUUGUGAUCUAUUUAAUUGAUUUAUUUAAAACUCUUACCUUCCAUCUUAAAAUCAAUACUGUGUCUUGAUCCCAAGGCAGAAAAAUGCUAAGGGCUAGGCAUUGGCAUUGGAGAAUUAAGUGUCUUGCCCAUGACCAUGCAUCUAGGAAGGAUCUGAGGUCAAAUUUGAACUCAAGACCUCCCAUUUCCAGGUCUGGCUCUCAAUCUAUUUUAUAAAACCCCUUUAACAUUCAAUUUUUUUUAUUAUUACCUUGGCCCCUGGCAUCUUAAGGUCUUAGGACAGAUAUGACAAAGCUGUAAUAUAAGUGAAGUAACAGUCUUUCCAUUCAGCCAAUCAGAGGAAAUUGCUCCUUUUUUUCUGGCUAAUAAUUCUCUUGGAGCUUCCUAAUAUCUCUCCCAAAUCCCUCAUCCUGAAUCUCUGUAUUUCCCUUCUUGAUCCUCAGAGGAUGGAAUUUUGGAUUAGAAAUUGGGAAGUAAUGGAGGACUUUCCUGAAUGAUCCCAGGCUGCCCAACCUCUGGCUGCACCAAAGCAAAGCAGUCAGGGCCUCAAACAGACACAUUUUGUCCCUUUAGCUACCAGCCCUUUCCCUCUCCUAAUCACUUCUGAUUUAUCCAACACAGAGCUUGCUUUGUAAUCUUUGUUGGUAUAUUGUCUCCCUAGUUAGACUGUAAGCUCCUUGAGGGCAGGAACUAUCUUUUUGCUUUUUUUUUUUUUUGUAUCUCCAGGGCUUAGCAUAGUAUUUAGCCUAUGGUAGGUUCUUAAUACAUGUUUAUUGAAUUAAAUUGAAUUGAUUUUGGAAUUCAGAGUCCACCCCUCUUAUUGCAUGGUCUCUCAUGACAUAAUAGAGACAGUGAGGCACGGAACCUUAGCCUGGGAAAUAGGAUAGAUUCUGGCUUCUAAAUAGCAACUCUGACACAAAUUUGCAACUCAUUUUCUUUCCAUAGAUUUCACUUUCCUCCUUGCUAAAAUUAAGAGACUGGUUUUAAUGAUCUCUGGAGUCCCUUCUAAUAUUAUAUGUUGUUCUGUUAUUUUCAGUCACAUCCAACUUUCUGUGAUCCCUUUUGGGAUUUUCUUGGCAAAAAUACUGGAGUGGUUUGCCAUUUCCUUGUCUAGCUCAUUUUUUUUUAGAUGAGAAAAGUGAGGCAAACAGGGUUAAGUGACUCACCCAGGGUCACUCAGCUAGUAAGUCUGAGGCCACAGGAACACAGAAUGCCAGAGGUGGUGGAGGUGGUAAGAUAUGGAGCACAGAAUGCCAGAGGACCUCAUGAAGCUCAAAGAUGGGAAUUGAAUGGAUCCAUAUGAAUUGGUGGCAGAGCUGGACCUACAAAUAGUUUUUCUUACUCUAUGUCCAGGCAGGGUCUCCUUCACUGUACUGUGCUGGCUGUUGAUUCUGUAAGUCCUGGCAUCUAUGGCCCUGAUGCCAAUAACAAAGUUGAGGAAAGAAGGAAGGAGGGUGCCCACAGGGAGAAGUCCUGCCAGUUUCUUCAUGCCCAGGUGAAUCACUGGGUCUGUGCUUCUGCCUCACAUUCACAGGAAAGUGUCCAUCCCUGUAUAGGACCACUUCCCUCCCCCCAGCCAUGCCCACACCUCCCUAGCUGACAGGCCAACGUCUCUCCUCAUGGGGGGGGGGCACUCAAUUCGCCUGGGGACUUGUCUCUGCCUUCAGGUAUGACUGAGUUACCUCCAGUAUAGAGAGCUGAGGAGCCUUUGGUCCCCUGAAUCUGUACAAUGAAGGACUUGCCAAGGGUUCCCUCUAGGCUUUGAUAAUAGUGACUCACAUUUCUUACUCUGCUCAGAUCUCACCUUCUACAGCAGGCCUUUCCUGAUCAUCUUCUCCCCUACUCCUCCAUACCCAGGAGACACCGGUGUGCACAGUGGAUAGAGCACUGGGUCUAGAGCUCAAAUUUGACUUCAGAUACUAGCUUUGUAAUUCUGGGCAAGUCACUUAACCUUUGACUGCCUCAGUUUCCUCACCAGUAAAAUGAGGAUAAUGUUAACUAAACCUUCCUUAAAGAUUUGUGAGCAUCAAAUGAGAGAAUAUUUUAAAAGUACUUAGCACUGUGCCUGGCACUUAGUAGUCUCUAUUUAAAUGCUAAUUCCACCCCUUCCCUUCCCCAUUUCCUUUCCCUUCUCCAUCCUAGAGUCUCCCAUUUCAUUAUUAAAAUGUCAUCCAUUCCCAGUGUUACGAAACAGCCUACUUUGUUUGGUUGAAGCACAAAAAUAAGCCUACAUUGAACUAACGUUGAAAAGAGACCCUUCUCAUAACAAAUAUGGAUCUGGGGGUGGGGUGGGAAAUUGAAUGAUUAGCCUUGCAUUUUCUAAUGCCAAUCUCAAUGCAUUUCAGUAUGCCCUUUCUAGAAAUGUGGUACCCAGGUCUGGAUCAGGUAUUCCCAAGGCAUUCUGUCCAGGUCAUUGUGCCAAGUGGGAUUAUGGAAAAGCCCUGGAUUUAAAGUCAGGAAGGACCCAGGGUUCAAAUUGUGACUUCACCAGUUAGAAUCUUGGUGACCUUGGCUAAGUCAUUUUCUGAUCCAGUUCCUCAUGUGUAAAUGAGGGGUCUGGACCAGAUCAUUCUCUCCACUUUUAAGUCUCCUGCUACCAUGAAUGCAGACUAUGGUAGCAUUAGCUCUCUCUCUCUCUCCCUUUUUUUUUAACCCUUAUUUUCUUUCUUAGUAACAACCUUUACCUUCCAUUUUAGAAUCAAUGCUGUGUAUUGGUUCCAAGGCAGAAGAGCAGUAAGUGCUAGGCAAUGGGGUUAAAUGACUGACCCAGGGACACAGCUAGGAAGUGUCUAAAGCUAGAUUUGAGCCCAGGACUUCUCAACUCCAGGUCUGGCUCUUCAUUGAACCACCUAGCUUGUCCUGUGGCAUUAGCUCUUCAGCUGCCCCAUCAUGCUAUUAAUUUCCCUGGACUUUGAGGGUGAGAUGUCCUGGGCAUGCUGGUUGUGGGCAGAACUGUGGGAGGGCAGCCUUGCCAUCAGCUAUUGGCCACUAUCCCUCUCUUGAGCUUUUAUUUCCCUCCCCUGACCUUGACCUGCUCCCAAGUGAUGGGAAAUGCUUUUGAAACACAACAGCCCAGCUUCUCCCAGGCUAAGCCUGGCCUGAGCCUCCUCUGGGGGAGAUCCCAAGGGCCUCCCAGGUGUCAGCUGGAGAGGAAAGCUGGUACAAUAGUCCAGUCCUGAAUUACUACCUGGUCCUUCCUCUUCCCCUUCCUGCUGGCCUCAACCCCAAAGCCUCUCCCUUACAGCUUAGGUGGGGUUUGGAAUUUCUGAGCUCUGGGCUGGGCCCUGGAGUGGUGAGGCUCCAUUCCUCCCCCACCCCACCCUUUCUUUGUCAAUAGUUACAGAAAUAAACCCUUGGAAUCCAUUCCCUGCACCCUUACCCCUAGGAUUUCUUAGCUUCAAGGUUAUUUUUUAAAAAACCUACACAGUUAGUGUGGAACCAGCUAGGCACCUUAUGGAAAGGGUCUACCUCUGACCCUUGGGAGCCCCCAGAGUGAGGAAAUGCAGCCCCUCCUCAGCAAAAGCACCUGGUCUGAGGGGGAGAUAGACCCCCAGCUUUGGGAACAUUCAGAAAGGACUGUCCCAAGGGGGAAAGUUGACUGAGAAGACCACCAAGGCUCCUUCCACUCAUCUUGCACUAUAUGGGUUUGUGCUAGGAUUUUGAUUCUGGGGGAACAAGGCAAGGUUUAACCCCUGAUCACACUGGAUGGAGAAGGGAUCCCUGUCUCUGCAGUUCAUUUGUACAUGGUAAAGCUGACAUGACCUCUCGUUUAACCUAGAUAUACCCCCCUGUCUGUACAGGACCAGAUUCCCCUCACUGAACAUUGCCAGGCACCCUGUGACUUUGUCACUGUCGUUUAGUUGUGUCUGGUUCUUUGUGACUCUAUUUGGGGUCUUCUUGGCAAAGAUACCAGAAUGAUUCACUAUUUCCUUUUCUAGCUCAUUUUACAGAUGAAGAAACUGAGGCAAAAGGAACUUGCUUAGAAUCACACAGCUAAUAAGUGUCUGAGGCUGGAUUUGAACUCCAGAUCAGGUGGGCCCUAAUGAGGCCUGGGGGCUUCGUACCAGCCACACUCCUCAGGCACCAUGUGUACUCCUGAAGAGACAUCACUACUACAAGCGGAAGAAACUUUCUUGGCCUUGCUUGGCCGCAUCAAUACCCUCAUCUUCCAACCUCUGCUCCUGGCAGGAGAGCCCUCCAACUCGAAGGACCAGGAAUGCAUGAGGCUGCUGCUCCAGCUCAGUGUGCAGUACCAGCAGCUGUGGGACCUGACCCAGGCCAGCCUCCGAACACUGAGGCAGAGGCUCAACUCCCCAGCCACCGUCAGCAUGGAGGCCCUGCACCUUCUUCACAGCCCAGACCUGUUCCUGGAAGCCUACCAACGGUAUUUUGUGAUCUAUACCAGCUGUGUGGUGGUGCAGACCUUUCAGAAGGCUACCAGGAAAAAAAGUGAAUUUUGGAGGAGCCAGAGGAAGGCACUGAAGCAGUUCCUGACCAAUGUGACCUUGGAGACUUCGGGGGCAGCUGCCCUGCCUCAAGUCCUCUGCCAGCCUCUCACAGAUCACGUGCAGCAGUACGUCCUUAUCUUGCUGAGACUCGGAGAUGCUGUUGGUGAGCAUCAUCCUGCCAGGGAGAUGGCUAUCCAGGCUGCUGACCGCUUUGUGACUCUUCAGUCCUUCAUCAGACAGGCUCUGGGUGAAGCCUCGGCCACCCAGGGCCUGUGGGAGACCCUGGGCAACCGGCUGGUGGAUGCUCUGUGCUCAGCAGAUCGGCGACUGCUUCAGGACAGCCAGAAGGUGCCAGUGGUGGCCAGCCCAGUCCGAGCUGACCGAGUCCUCCUUUUCAAUGAUGUUCUUGUUCUAGUGCAGGGUCACAGCUUUCAGACAUUUGACCUGAAGCUGGUCUGGGUGGAAGCCAGGAUGAAUGAGAAGCAGAUCUCCAGCGGGCAUGGGUUUCAUGUCAUCACACCUGAAGAAGAGUUCUGUCUCUCUGCUAAGGAUGCCCAGGGCCAGGCUUGCUGGCUGUCUAAGGUGAGCCAGGCCAUCUGCCAGGCACUGAGUGGAAAGAAGGCUAUCCCUGGGCUGGAGCAAGACCAGAAUCAGGAGGGGAUUGAACCUCCAGCUGCCCGAUACUGCCUCUACACUUUUCAAACUGUGGACCGGUUCCGUCUUGCAACCUAUGAUGGCAAUUGGUUCUGGGGGAAGCCCCAUGGAAAGGGUACCUUGAAGUGGCCAGAUGGAAGAAAUCAUGUGGGUGAUUUCCACCAAGGCUUGGAGCAUGGGUUUGGGAUCCGCCUGGUCCCUCAUGGAGCUGAAGACAAGUAUGACUGUUACAAAUGCCACUGGUGGGAGGGCCAAAUGCAGGGCUAUGGCAUCUGUGAGUAUGCCGAUGAGUCUAUAUACAAAGGCUACUUCCGAGACAACCUGCGGCAAGGGUUUGGGGUCCUUGAGAGCUCCCCUCAGGCUUCGCAGCCCUUCAAGUUCAUGGGGCACUGGCACAGGGACAAGAAGAAUGGAUAUGGGGUCUGGGAAGACAAAGACAGGGGGGAGCGUUACAUUGGAAUGUGGCAGGCUGACCACCGGCAUGGGCAGGGCAUUGUGGUCACUCAGUCUGGCAUCUGUUACCAGAGGACUUUCCAUGCAGACAAGAUGGUGGGUCCUGGGAUACUCCUGCUGGAAGAUGACUCACUCUAUGAGGGCAGCUUCACAAGAGACCUGGCUUACAUAGGAAAGGGCAAGAUCACUUUCCCUAAUGGCUACUUCCUAAAAGCCUCCUUCAGUACUGGGAUCGGUAGGGGCUUCCAUACCCAGGGGGUUCUGGAGACAACUGCUCACCCUCUGGAUCCCAUGCAUACCUGUAAACGCCAGUUGGGGAUAGAUGCCUUUCCUGUGGAGAGCCGAUGGCAAGGCAUCUACCAGCAGUUCCAAGAGUUCAUCAACUCUAACUGUCCAGAGGAAUCUCAAGAAGUUUUCUUGGGCUUCCAUAUCCAGACAGCCAAGGAGCUCCGGAAAUCCCAGGAGUAUCUCUUCUGUGAUAGAAGUAACCCGGAUGAAGUCUCAGCAAAGAUCAAGGACAUACUUGCAGAACUGCCAACACACCAGGAACCAGAAUCCCUCCAACUCUACCUACAGAAAGCCUUGAAAUCUUCAGUGCACCCUCUGGGGAAACUGCUGAAGCUGCUGACAUUGGCCUUCCAGGCCACCUACUCUGGCAUUGGGGCCAACAAGCAUCUGCUGGUCUUGGCCCAGGAGGAGGUGAAACACCACGCCAAGGAAAUCUGGGCCUUCUAUCAGGGGAUGUUGCGUGUCGCCUUGAAACAGCAGAACCUGACUCGGGAGGAGAAUGAAGGAAACGAAAAAAGCCACCCUGAGGCGUACAGGCUGGUCCUGCCACUCAUCCUGCCCUGCUUCUAUCCCGAACUCUUCAUGCUCUACAUGUUGUACCAUGAGAAAGAAGACAACCUCUACAGCCAGGGGAUAUCUGACCUGAGCCUCUUCCCCGAUACCAAGCUGCUGGAAUGCCUGGAUGUGCACAAGCACCUGUGGCCCCUCAAGGACCUCACACUGACCACCGAUCAGAGACACUCUUUGGUUAGAGACAGGUGCUUCCUCUCUGCCACUGAAUGCUUGCAGAAGAUCAUCACCACAGUGGAUCCCCGGGAGAAGCUGGAGAUGCUUGAGAAGACUUACGAUGAGAUAGAGGACACAGUUUCCCGGGUUCUGGAGAGGGAAUAUAAGCUUCCUAUGGAUGACCUGCUGCCCUUACUCAUCUACGUUGUGUCCCGUGCCAGGAUCCAGCACCUGGGAGCAGAAAUCCAUUUGAUCAGGGACAUGAUGGAUCCCAUCCACAGAGGAGGAUUAUAUGACUUCUUGCUGACAGCCCUGGAGUCCUGCUAUGAACACAUCCAGAAGGAGGACAUGAGGCUGCAUCGCUUGGCUGGAGUCCGUAAUCAGAAGGCCCUGUGGUAGCUCAGCUCUGCCCAGGGGAAUCUGGCCUGGGUCUGGGCCAGGUCAAAGGCUGAGAGGAAGAAGCCAGGUGCAGAGAGCCGAUGACGUGUAUUAAGUCACCAGUAAGGAGGUGGCUAUGAGAACCAGGGUCUGUUCCGCCCAUCCCCAGAGGGAGCUCCGGACACCGUCUAGGCCAUCUGAGGCAAAUGCCCAUUCCCAUUUGGGUGCUACUCCUCAGGAAAGGGACAGCUUCUCUCUUUUGCCUUUGCAGCUUCCCUUUCCAGGACAACCCAGUGGGCACACAGACUCUAGGGUCUUCCACUAGGGAAGAUAGUAUCCUUUUAAGGGGAAAAUAAUAUUGCACUUUAUUUUUUGAAAACAAUUUUUUUAAAGAAAUUGAACAUUUAUUAUGUACAAAGCUACUGUGAGAUACAGCGGAGAAUUCUGAAAUGUUUGUACCCUGGUCUCUCCCUUUGAGGACCUAACACUGUGCAGACAGCCCUAAAGGGCUAGAUUCUCUGCUCAGAGCCAAGCCUGAGCCAUCCAGGCAGGAAUAGCAGCCUGUGACUGUCCUGCGCACACCUCACUCCUCUGGCCUCCUGCUUUUUCCCAGGGGCCAAGGGAAGACAGGGUGAGAAGCAGAACCCCCGUCCCUCUCCUUCUGCUGCACAGGGCCCGAUCUCUCAGGUGGACCCAGCCAUAAUACAAGGGGGAGCACUGGCAACAGAAGCAGGUCUGGCCAGGGGCAGUGUGAGAGCUGGCUGAAGCUUGGGAAGAAUCUUAGGAACGAUUCCCCCACCCCCACCCCCCAUUUCUAAGCUGUAGCCUUUUUGGUGGCCCUAGUUAUAAGAGCUGCUCUUAUUCCUCAAGGGCCUCCUCACACACAGCCUUCUGGUGUCAUCAGCUCCGUGUCGUGGAUGGCGGGCCUGGGCCUGAGAGGAAGACAUGCCCCUGGGGCCAUGGACAGAAUCGAGGGCGACAGACUAGAUCCCAUAGAGCCAUGGGGUGGUUUUUCUUGAAAAGCUGCUGCUGCUGCUCCUUACUUGGCCCGUGGGGGUGUCUGGGGUUUUACCUGAUGGCUUUUGGGGAGCACCAGAAUGGAGAAAGGCUGCCCUAGACCCUCCACUGGCCACACUGAGAACACAGGCCAAUAAAUAUCUAUUGUAAGA